UUUUUGAGACCUGUGACGUCGUCGGCGAAUUCGACGACGAAUCGACGUCGUGCUUUUGUAAACAGUUGGCAGUGCAGUGCCGGCUACGACUUCCACGACUACUGCUACCAACUAUGCACGAGCCCCGUACAAUAAUCACUAUAAUGAUGCAACUUGUUCGGCUUCUUGGCCUACUGCUGUUAUUAGCUGCUGACUCUUGCAGAGGUGGCGGUGGAAGCGUCGGCAGCAGCGAGGCAUGGCUAAAAAGUUCAAAACACGCCGAGUACGGCACGGAGAUACAGCUACCGUGCAUCCUCAAACUGCCCCAGUGCAUCGGCUUGCACAGCAUCAAGUGGUAUCAAGGCAACGAAAGAAUCUUUGUCUACAGCGCCGAGGGCGAGAUGACUCUUGCCAACGACGAGGUCGCCUCGAGAAUGUCAAUGGUCGUACCAAAAAACAACAUGACGAAGUCUUAUUUGAAAAUCUCCAACCUGACACUAGAAGACGAGGCUCUGUACAAAUGCGAAGUGACCUACUUAGCCGUCAACCGUGAAUGCAACAACGUGCAACAUAUCACUCUAAACAUCACAGUUCAGCCUACUUCGGUGAGAGUAAUCGACGAAAGUACGAAGCAAACUCUGGAAGAUGGUCGAGUAUUAGGUCCAGUAAUCGAGGGUUCACCAAUUGCCUUGAGAUGUGAAAGCGGCAAAGGACGGCCAGUACCAAUAGUCGAAUGGUACAAUGGCGACGUUCGACUCAAAUCUGAAAGUUCAUUAGAGUUGGAAGAACACGAAAUUGGCACAGGAAGUGGCACCCUGAAUCUUGUGGUCGCUCGCAGUGAAUUAGGCGCUACUUUUACUUGCAAAGUUAGCAGUUUGGCCCUCGCUGAACCAUUGAAAAUCGACAUUAAAUUGGACGUUCAUGUGCGGCCGAUGAAAAUGGACAUCAAAGGAGUAGUCGGCCACGCAAUUCAGGGCUCAAAGGUUUUGUUGCAAUGCGAGGUACAGGGUGCCAGACCGCCGGCUAAUGUCACCUGGUACAAUGGUACUGAGAUCUUGCUGCAAAAUAACAGCCGCCUCGAUAUGCACGAGACAAAGCUUACGGAAAACAGCGAUGGAACGACGCAAACGAACAGCUUUCUCGCCUUUACGGCCUCGGAGUACGACAACGGGCGCAAGUUCAGCUGUGCGGCCUUAAAUUCGGUCAUGCUCAAGGAAGGCAGCAAGCCCAUGAAGCAGACCGUCACCAUCGAAGUUAUGUAUCCUCCAAUUAUACGAGUUAGCCCAAGUAAUAUCACCGUCAACGAAACCGAUGACUUUCAACUGUUUUGCGAUUACGAGGCGAAUCCGGCCACGCUAAUUAAUGUAAUAUGGCAACGAGACUCGAAGAAUAUAAUGGUAAGCGAGGGGCGCUACGAGGGAGGCACGACCGAUAUGACAUCUUUACUAGUGAAAAAUGCAAGCGCUGGUGAUAUUGGCAGAUACACGUGCAUCCUCGAAAACGAUUUCGGCAGUUCGACUUCUCAAGAUUUCAUCGACGUUUCCGUAUUGUAUCGGCCAGUCGUGGAAGUUACGAUCGAGCCGAGCAGACCGAUAAACGAAGAGUCGCGCAUGAACGUCUCGCUGAGCUGCGACGUGCUCGGUGGCAGACCCGCCUACCUGACGGCCGUCCGAUGGUACCUCGACGGUGAUCUUCUCAAGGAGCUGCCCGACUGUGCGCGCAACAACUCGGUGCCCGAGGAGUUCUGCGAUAUCGAUCCGAGCAAGCUGCUGCUCGAGUCCGUUGGACGCACCUUUCACGGCAAUUACUCGUGCGAGGGUCGUAACGACGCUGGCUGGGGUCCAAUGUCCGCCGAUACGCCCGUUGUCGUCUACUAUAAGCCGGGACCUGCAUCAAUAUCGUACGAGCCUCGGAAGGUGGUGAAGAAGGGGCCAUUGAACAUAACUUGCUCGGUCAAGGAUCCGGGUCGACCCGCCGCAACUGGUUUCAAGUGGUUUCGAGGCGCCGUGCGUCUGUCAGAAGAGAAUCAGGCCGUUUACCGAGUCGACAAGGUUCGACUCGAGAAUCGGGAAAAUUUCACGUGCCUCGCUUACAAUCAGGCCGGCGAUGGCGACUCGGCCACCACCUUCAUCAACGUGUCAGCGCCACCAGCCUUCAUCAAGAAACCACCACAGCUCGUGGGUUUUGUGUACAAUGCGACAAACGUGAGCCUGGGCUGCCACGUCGAGUGCUCGCCACUCUGUGAUAUCAUUUGGAUGAGGAAUAACAAGACAAUCGACUUUAGCCGCACACGUCAAUUUUAUCUUCAAAACAAUCGUAGCCCGCCGAAUCUUCGCACUGACGACUUUGAGAGCAUCAACUCGUCGCUCGUGUGGAAUUUGACCGCUUGGCCGCUCGGCCAACUCGACCGAGUGGCUGACAAUGACGUGACCUUCACCUGUAUGAGCAACUCCAAUGGCAUCGGACCGGGCGUUGUCAGCACAGUCAAAAUUGAAAUAUACUUUCCACCAGAAAGUCUUACAAUUUCAAAAAAAAUUAUCAACGUGGCCGUUGACAAUAUUCCUGAGCCCAUUAUGUGCAACGCCACAGCCCGUCCAGAUCCUCAGUACCGAUGGUAUCGCGAAGGAAAGUCAGAAAUUAUAUCCGAGGGUCCGGUACUGCACUUUAAAACACCUUUUUCACGCAACAGCCGAGGAGCCUAUAUCUGCCAAGCGAACAACAAAAUUGGUUCGGCAACUAUAUCCACUUACAUAAACGUGCAAUACAAGCCCGAGUGCCAAGUUGAUAAGGAGGUAAUGGAGGGCAAGGAUUACGUGGUGUGCAGCGCCGAGGGCAACCCCAGCGAGUACGGCUUCAAAUGGUCGCUGAAAAGUGACAACGACACGAUCGAGAGCGUACCGAUCGUUCUGAGCGGCCGUAGCUAUCUGCCGCUCGACGACUCAGUCUCGAAUCCAAGGACCUACGUCUGCGUCGCCAACAACAGCAUCGGCUUCUCCAAUCCCUGCGAGCGUCACGUUCCUGCGCACCAAGGACUCGAUACAAGUGUACCUUGGUGGUUGAAACUGGAUAGCGAUUUCCUAGUCAUUCUCAUCGCCACGACAGUUAUCAUCAUUUUAGUGCUCAUAGUCAUCAGCGUAGUUAUCUUCCUCAUGUGCCGUCGAAAACACAGCAAAUUAAAAUACAAUACCCGUGUGGUCGAGUUGGAAGAACGCGAACAUCCUGAUGGGGGUCCGCCGUCACCUACAGCGUCGUCCGUCCACUCGUCGGCAACGAUCUCGACGCAGCAACAGCAGCAGCCACCAGUGCCUCGAUGGCCCUUGAAACCCGGAGUGCUUGUCCAUAUCAAUCGCACCAACAGUAUGCGCUCGGGUCUGAGUCCCAGACUUGGAAAUGGCAGCAUCAGCGCAGGCUUGCCAUCUCCGCCCUUGUCGACGACCUCCUCUUCGUCGAGAUUACGUUUAUCCGGCGUUACCGGGGACUCCUCGACGACUCCUCUGACCGAAUCGAGCAACGGAGGCCCGAGGCCAUUUCGUCGAGCUAUCAAAGAUCCCGAGUCGCGUACUCGUCGACAGCGUCGGCGCGUCAACUGCGCAGCUAACGGCCAUCAGAAUGGCGCGAUGCUGCAGCAUCAGGAUGAAGGUGUGCUUGCUCGUGCUAAUCGCAUCAGGGCGAUAUUUAGCGUACAAUUAAAAGACACAGCCGACGGAUUUCCAGGAAUAUCGCGCGGCAAAACAGCUGUGACGUACAAGAGAAUAGCACCCCGACGAAGCGAGAACAAUGCAGCCGCCACCACCUCGUCCAACUCAACCUCGUCGUCCUCAUCUGCGUCUCGUAAGCGCAAAAAGCCUGGAGCAGAUCCCAGUCAAGCGGUAAAUAGCAAUCACAUGGACAGCAUUUCGGAGGGUUUGUCCGAGCCAGAGACAAAAACUUUUUACGAAAAUUUGCCCUUCCACGGGAUUCAGUCGCCGCCGAAUAAGCUCUCGUCUCUGCCGUUUUUGUCGCAUCACAGCUGUAGCGCGUUCGCCCUGCACUCGGAGACGACCUUGCUGAGCUUGUCGACUUCGGCGUGCUCCUCGCGAGCCGCCAGCAUCUGCGGCGGGGCCAGCAGCGGCUACGAAUCCUCGACGGUGGCAGCUGCGGCGGCUGCGGCGGCGGCGGCUGCGGCUCUGGCGCGGAGCCACCUGGGCCCUCAUCUGAGCGAGCACAACAUGCCUCGAGGCAACUCACCCGAGCCCCGCUACAACAGCCUGAAGCCUCGCCGAAGAAAAGAGCUUCACCAGCAGCAGCACCAGCGCCACCAGCAGUUCUACUCGCUGAGGCUCUGCCGCAAGCAUCAGGGCCGGCCUCGGCUCGAGCGCAAUUACCAACUCUACGCCAUACCGAUCUACCGUUCGGGCUCGUGUCCCCACGGGAAAAGCCUCAGCGCCACGAGUAGUCUGAAUACUAGUCUCGAUUGUAUCACCCCGACCUCGACGCUCUCGCUCAAGUCGUCGAGCAGCCACCGCAACGUUAAGCUGGCCAUAGAGGCGCCGUCUGCGGACAGCGCGGCCAGGAGGGAUCGGGAAUUGCAGCAAACGCCUCCGCCGGUUCCGGAGCCCCGACGCACAAAGAACACCGACCCGAAGGAGCACACCUACCAGAACGUACCGUCGCCCGUGUACCCCUCCAAUCAGGACAUUCCCGCGGAAAUAAAGACGGCCACUAUAUACGACUACAAAGAUCAUUAUCAGCAGCAGCAGCUUCACCAGCAUCAGCAGCAGCAGCAGCAGCAGCAGCAACCCCAAGAACUGCAUCAGUACGGAUACUCGCUGGCGAGUAACAGUUCCAGUCAGAUCACAUUGCCGCUCACUCGGAGCCUGUACCACUCGAGUUCGGCGGUCAGUCCUCUGCAGAACUCGUACGUGCACAAUAAUGCCAAUAGCCGACUGUCGCUGAGCAAUCAUUCGCCGCAAGAGCAGCAGACGGCCCAGCCGCAGCAUCUCUCGCACCAUCAUCUGUCGAACACGAGCACGCUGCCCUUCUCGCUGUUGCAGCAGCAGCACAUGCAGCAAAACUCGAAUUCGAACGAUCCACAGCAGCAGCAUCACGACGCGAUGCCCGACCUGGCGACGUACGACAGGCAGGCCUCGCGACGCCACUACAGGCGAAAGCAGCGCAGCAAGCACGAGCGCAACAAAAAGCAGCACCAGCAGAGGCUGACCAACGAGACGAGCUUCGAGCGCGCCCAGCAGCUGGGCAUGCCCGAGAGCCACAAGAUCUCGUACCCGCACUACUACGAGGACACGUGCACGACGACGACGACGGCCAGCAACGGCUUCAUCUGCGACAACCUCGACCCUCGCUACGACUGCGCCACGCUCUCCGACAACGAGUACGUGCCGGCCCAGCAGGCUCAGCCUCAACAACAGUACAAUAGCCUCACGGCCACUCGGCCUAACAAGUCCUCAUCCAAGAGGUACUCCUUCUCGUUCUCCGAGCUUAAAAUUGCCGAGCUGCACUUCCGUGACGUCGGUCAGGAGAUCAAUGUCUGACAAGCAUGAGAAAGGUAUUUUAGAGAGCAAAUUUCGCGUCGCCA